UAUUCCCUGUCAAAGAGCCUACAAGCUACAUGUAGGCUUUAAAAACUGCUAGAAAUGGCAGCCAACAACCAGCAACAAGCUGACAAGAGAAUAAUAGGAUUCGAUUGUGAGUUUGUGGAACCUCCACCAGAACGAUACGUCCAGUCAGAGUGUCCAGUUUGUCUCCAGAUCAUUCGAGAGCCCCACCAGGUCACAUGCUGUGGAAAGAAGUUUUGCAAAGCUUGUAUUGAACACAUCAAAGCAAUUCAAAAGCCAUGCCCAACUUGCAAUGAAGAGGAGUUUUCCAAUUUCCCUGACAAAGGUUUGAAACAAUCGCUCUACGAUUUGAAAGUUCGAUGUAGCCACCAGAAAGACGGGUGUGAGUGGAUGAAGGAACUGAGACAGCUUGAUGAGCACCUCAACACAGAUCCACAGCCAGAGAAACAACUCGAUGGAUGUCAGUUUGUCGAGAUCGAUUGCAUCUAUAAUUGCGGGAACCAUCAGCAGCGAAGGUACAUUCAAAAACACCAAAUUAAGGAUUGCCCCAAACGUCCAUUCGGUUGUGAGCAUUGCCAUGAUUACAAGUCUACCUAUGAUGAUGUCACCAACAACCACUGGCCUGUGUGUGGGUCCUUCCCUGUCCCCUGCCCUAACCAGUGUGGUUCAACUAUCCAGCGUCAGAAUAUAAACAGCCAUGUUGCCGAUGAGUGCCCCCUGACCACCAUCAACUGUGACUUCCACCACGUAGGCUGUGCUGUGAAACUCCCUCGACAAGACAUGCCAGAACACCUGAGAGAGAACCUACUCACACACAUCUCUCUAUUAGCCACCAGUCAUGCCAAGCAACAAGACAAAAUAGCAAACUUGGUAGAUGAAAAUUAUAAACAACAAAAGUCUUAUAAGACGAGCUUAACUGCACUACAAACCAAAGUUAUCACUUUAGAGGAAGAAAAACAAUUAUUGACUACUAAUGGAGGCAAGCAACAAGUUCAGCCUGCACCAUGUACCACCAUACCUCUUGGUCCCCCUGUCCUUACAAUGACCAACUUCCAACAGCACAAGAGAGAUGACGAUGAGUGGCUCUCCCCUCCAGUCUACACCCACCAUCCGGGCUACAAGAUCUGUCUUAAAGUGUACGCUAACGGCUACGGUACUAGUAAAGGAACACACGUCACUGUGGGUGUGUUCUUCAUGAGAGGAGAGUUUGACGAUUCUCUGAAAUGGCCAUUUCGUGGUGUGAUUUCAUAUCAACUACUGGACCAGGUCAAUGGCAAGGAUCAUGAAAUAGACAUAAGUAUCUAUGAUGACUAUAUGCUUAACGAGUACUGUACCAGAGUGACAGAGGGAGAGAGAUCAAAAAGGGGUUGGGGAAAGCAAAAGUUCAUUGCUCACUCUGAACUGGAGCCCAAGUAUUUACGAAACGACACGCUUCUCUUCCAAAUACACAAAGUAGAACUGAAGUAGUUGCUUAAUUAGAAGAGUGAUAAUUACGUACAGUAUACACACAAACAAACCGUAGACAUAAGUAUUAUCUGUGUACUGAUUGCAAUUGUAUUUGUUUGGACUA